GGCCGCAGCUCGGCGACCGCGCGCAGCGCCCGGAGGCGACGCAGGUGCUGUGACUGCAGACCGUGACUCUGCUUUAAUGCAAACACAUCACAGUGGGCGCUGGGGAGCUUAAUUUACCGGUUAACCCCAUUCUCUUCAGCUGUAAGCCAAAAGAGGAGCCAUUCCAGUUUUCGUUCUGAGUUUCCUCCUUCCCAAAGAGCAAUGGAGACGCUGUUAAGUGGGAGAGGACUGAUCCUAUCUCUGAUUUUCUUCCUGUUCAAGUUCUCCAUGGCCAUCGAAAUACCACUUUCAGUUCAACAGGUCCCGACCAUCACAAAACAGUCAAAAGUGCAAGUGGCCUUCCCCUUCGACGAGUAUUUCCAAAUUGAAUGUGAAGCUAAAGGGAACCCAGAACCAGCAUUCACGUGGACGAAGGAUGACAAGCCCUUUGACCUCUCUGACCCUCGGAUCAUUGUCUCCAACGACUCCGGGACCUUCAAGAUCCCCAACGAGGGGCACGUAGCUCACUUCCAAGGGAAAUACCGCUGCUUUGCUUCGAAUAAACUGGGGGUCGCCAUGUCAGAAGAAAUUGAAUUCAUAGUUCCAAAUGUUCCAAAAUUCCCAAAAGAAAAAAUCGAGCCCCUGGAAGUGGAGGAGGGAGACCCCAUCGUCCUCCCUUGCAACCCCCCCACAGGCCUUCCACCUUUACACAUUUACUGGAUGAAUAUCGAGUUAGAGCACAUCGAACAGGACGAGCGAGUGUACAUGAGCCAAGAAGGAGACCUGUACUUCGCCAACGUGGAAGAGAGAGACAGUCGCAGCGACUAUUGCUGCUUCGCCGCCUUCCCGAGGCUGCGGACCAUCGUGCAGAAGAUGCCCAUGAAGCUGACGGUCAACAGCUUAAAGCAUGCUAAUGACUCGAGUUCAUCCACAGACAUUGAUUUCAAGGCAAACUCGAUCAAGCAGAGAAAACCCCGGCUGCUGCUGCCUCCUGUGGACAGAGGGCCCGAGUCCUCGGUCACCAUCCUCAGAGGGGACACCCUGCUGCUCGAGUGCUUUGCGGAAGGCAUACCAACUCCACAGGUUGAUUGGGAAAAAGUAGAUGGUGAUCUACCAAAGGGCAGAGAAACGAAAGAAAGUUAUGGCAAGACUUUGAAGAUCGAGAAUGUCUCCUUCCAGGACAAAGGGGUUUACCGGUGCACAGCCACCAACCUCCAGGGAUGGGCCACUCAUGACUUCCAUGUCACAGUAGAAGAUGUCCAUCCACUGAUACAAACCGAGGACGGCGAGGCCUACGCGGCGGUGGUGGGGGCCAGCGCCUUCCUCCACUGCGAGUUCUUCGCGUCCCCCAAGGCGGUCGUGACCUGGCAGAAGGUGGAAGAAGCGAAGCCUCUGGAAGGCGAUCGGUUCCACGUCCAUGAUAACGGCACCCUGCAGCUCAACACGACCACGGAGGACGACGCCGGCCAGUACUCCUGCUGGGUGGUCAAUGCUAAAGGGAGGACGGCCGUCACCGCCAGCCUGGAAGUUCGCAGUGAGUUUAGUUCUUACUCUGCAUGGGCUCUUCCGUGGGCUCGCUUUGCCUUCGUUUUCCCGGAUGAAAGAAAACCUGCCUCACGUGAAGAUUUUUUUCCCUCUUCCUUAGAUGGCUUUCGCUGGGGAAUGUGUAUUUUAGAAAGAUUACGAUCCUCCUGUGUGUGCUGUCUCACCUUCCUCACGUACCGUGCUUCUCCCUGUAGGGUCUCUAUCGACGGAGCGAACCUGACCAUAUCCGCUGUCACUCUGGGGGACCAGGGCACUUACGCCUGCUCAGCGCAGACUGAGCUCGACAGUAUCACCAAUGUCACCCAAGUGACCGUCCUUGAUGUCCCGGACCCACCGAAGCACCUGCGCUUGUCUGAAAAACAGGACCGGAGCGUCCGGCUGACGUGGGACGCGGGGGACAGCCACAACAGCGACAUCAGCGAGUACCUGGUGGAGUUCGAAGGCAACAGGGAGGAGCCCGGACGCUGGGAGCAGCUGAGGCGAGUCCAGGGCGCGCAGACCUCGGUCCUGUUACCCUUGGCUCCGUACGUGACCUACCGGUUCAGGGUCGUCGCCGUGAACGAGGUCGGGAGGAGCCGGCCCAGCAGCCCGUCCGAGCGCCAUGAGACACCCCCCGCGGCUCCAGACAAGAACCCACAAAACAUAAGGGUCCAAGCCUCUCAACCCAAGGAAAUGAUUAUAAAAUGGGAGCCUUUGAAGUCCAUGGAGCAGAACGGACCAGGACUGGAGUACAGAGUGACCUGGAAGCCCCAGGGAGCCUCGGUGGAGUGGGAAGAAGAAACCGUCACAAACCACACCCUGCGCGUGAUGACGCCCACGGUCUACGCUCCAUACGAAGUUCAAGUCCAGGCCACCAACAGCCUGGGCGCCGGCCCCGAGCCCCAGCCAGUGAUUCUCUUCUCGGGGGAGGACUAUCCGGACGCCGCUCCGAGGAUCCAGGGGGUGGACGUCAUAAACAGCACGGUGGUCAAAGUGACCUGGUCAGCAAUUCCGAAGGACAGAGUCCACGGGCGUCUGAAAGGAUACCAGGUAAAUUGGUGGAAAACGAAAAGCCUGCUGGACGGAAGAGCACACCCCAAACGAGUGAACACCCUGAGGUUUUCAGGACAGAGGAACUAUGGCAUGGUUCCUUCGCUAGACGCCUUCAGCGAAUUCCACUUAAGCAUCUUCGCCUAUAACUCCAAAGGGGCUGGGCCCGAGAGUGAGCCCUACACGUUCCAAACGCCAGAGGGAGUACCUGAACAGCCAACUUUUCUCAAGGUCGUCCAAGUCGAUAAAGAUGCCGCCACUUUGUCCUGGGGCCUCCCAAAGAAGCUGAAUGGAAACUUAACGGGCUACGUAUUACAGUACCAGAUAAUAAAUGACACUGAUGAGAUCGGAGAACUAAAUGACAUCAACAUUACCACCCCAUCCAAGCCCAGCUGGCGUCUCUCGAACCUCAGUGCCACGACCAAGUACAAGUUCUACGUGAGGGCCUGCACAGCACAGGGCUGUGGGAAGCCCAUCACCGAGGAGACCACCACAACAGGAGCCAGCAGUAAAACUGUCGGGAAGAGUCCAGAAGGAGUAAAUGUUACUCGAAAGGCGCACCCAGUAGAGGCGUUUGAGCCGGGAGCCGAACCCAUAGUCCGCCUGUUGACUAAGAGCUGGGUUGAUAACAAUAGCAUUUUUGAAGAUGUAAUUGAGACCAGAGGGAGAGAAUAUGCUGGUUUGUAUGACGACAUCGCCACGCAAGGCUGGUUCAUCGGGCUGAUGUGUGCCAUUGCCCUCCUCACACUCACGCUGUUAACCAUUUGCUUUGUGAAGAGGAACAAAGGUGGGAAGUACUCAGUGAAAGAGAAGGAAGACCUGCACCCAGACCCAGAGGGCCAGUCGGGGAAGGACGAGACGUUCGGCGACUACAGUGACAGUGACGAGAAACCCCUCAAAGGAAGCCUCCGGUCCCUCGCCAGGGACACGCAGGCCACAGGAAGCGCCGACAGCUUGGUGGAGUACGGAGAGGGCGAGCAGGGCCUGUUCGGUGAGGACGGCUCGUUCAUCGGGGCGUACGCGGGGCCGAAGGAGAAGGGGUCUGUGGAGGGCAGCGCCGGCUCCUCGACGGCCUUCCCGCUCCGAGCGUGAGCGCGGCGCGCAGGGACAGCCGCCCGUGUCGCAGAACGUUCACGCGGGGACAGGAACACAUGGGGAGAAGGGUCCGUGCAGACGCCAGCAGCCUGCCGCUACGUGGAGGAACGUGGCGCUGCCUUGGAAGACAAAGCACUGAGCACGACAGGCCUGUGGCUUUUGUCUGGCUUCUUUCCAGGUGCUGAAAUGCAGAACACAGCCCAAACCUUGUAUUUAGCGUCACCUCAACUGAAUCCAAAGUUCGCACCCGAGGGCUCGCCAGGGCCCUGCACACUCGUGACGCCCUCCUGCCCCUGUGUGCACACGUGUGUCGGCCCUGAGAACGGUCGGAGUGACUUUGCUUCCUGACAGGUUAAAAGAUGGUACGCCACCGGUUAUUUAAGCUGGAAGAGGAGCACGAGUGUCCCAUUAAGGCCGCUCGCUGAGCACAUGCAGUCUAAAUGCAUUAUUUAAAUGUUUAGUCAUCUUAGGUAGGCAAUCAGCUGGUAUUUAUUGAGCUCUAACUCCUUGCCCAGAACAGUCCUGUGCAAACAGAAUUCUAACUUCUUCAGUUUCAACGUCCGCCGUUUAUUUCUGUCAGUUAUGACAUCUGCAAAGGCCUUUGUUUUUUGGGGGGUUUCCUUGGACUAAAUUCAGCUGCAGUGACGGCCGUGGUCGGAAGGUUAUCUUGUGAAAGAACACGCAUGAGUUCUUUGUGGUGCCGGCGUGUGAUAACUCUACAUAGUCAAUGUUGCCAUCUCUCAAUUGGCCGCUUUUCCUUUUUUCUGUGUUUAUAGGAUGGUAUGCACAUAGAUUUCAUGAAUGCAUUGUACAUAUUAUAUUGACACAGUUUAAAGUAUAGAUGUGUUUUAUUUGGACAUGAGACAACAUUAACAGAAUGUCUGUAAAUAGUAAGAUAGAAUAGUGCGAUACCGCUUUCUGGCGUUCCGGGGCCGCGCCCAAUAGCGUGAGCUCCCCAGCGGGAGGCUUUGUACAAAGCAUUUGGUUUUUGUUCUUCUAUUGCUUUUCCAACAGCCUUGAAAUAAAAUAUCAUAUAAAUAUUGGGGGAAAUGUUUUCCUAUUUUUCAAAAUAAGUUUCGUUGUUUGCGUGUGCUCUACACCAGCCCCCGAGGAAAACCUGUUUACACUCGAAGUUCCUGUACAUAUGUUUGCCUGAGUCCCAUUUUAAACAUCUUGAGGGUGGGACGUUUUCUGUGUUCUCCUUCUGUCAAUGUCAGUAAAAAUUCGGGAAAUUUACUUCCUGGCAUGUGGUCUACUAGCCCUUCUAAAAUUGUACAUGGAAAUGGUUUAGGAAUAGUAGGAAGGAUUGUGCGUGCAUGUCAGUAAAAUUCAGCAUUCAACUUCUCAUUUUAUGGAAACGUUUUUUAACCUUACCACAAAAUUCUUAGUUACGUUUAAGUGAAAUUGGCUCACAGAUUUCACUUUAGUUUUUGAACUGUAGCUAUGGGCGUAUCUUGUUAAAUCGUUGACUUUGAUUUCUGUAGCCCACUCUGUUUCCUGUGGACCAAAAUUAGUGGUGCUUAUAAUGGUCAAUGCAGUGACCCACGUCCAAAUGCAUAGGCAGCAGACAAACGUCUUAUUUCAACAAUGCCUCGUGGCUCGGGGUUUGCCCACAUCCCCAAAGGGAGUUUUUCCAGCGGGGAAGGUACCCUGGCCCUCACCCCGUGACAGUGGGAUCCGCACGCCCACCAGUGCAUCUGCAGCUUCAUCUCCACCUGAUUUCUAAGGAACAGCUUUUCUGGAGGGAGGAAUACCACGUUUUGACUUGUCUGGAAGGAAUUUCUGGUACUCAGCUGGCGAUGAGGCCAAGGUUGGGCCUUUUGAGUUUAGUUCUGCUAUUAUUCCAGUUUCUCUUCUUUGUCAUCACCCAAAAGGGUCUCAAGAGAAUCGUGCAAAUUGGCAAGAAUGUCAAAAAACCAUUAGGAGCAGAUUUAUUAUAAAUGUAAUAAUCUUUAAGUUAGAAAUUAACACAAUAAUGAAAUGUCCGCUUUUCCUCGAUCUUGGCGCUCCCCGUUAGCCUCUGAGUAACAAGAAUGUCCUCAUAUUUUCCGAAUGGCCAAAACUAACGGAUGUGAAACAUAAGAUCGCAUGACACUGCCUUUUGCCGUCUCUCUCUAUUCUCGUUUCUCAAUACCAUUUAGCUUCUACCGGGAACUGUCUGCGCAGAAGGAAUGGGUCCAUGACCGCCUUUGUCCACUGUCGCUAUUAUUUUAAUGCAGUAGAUUGUGAUUAACCUCAAGGACUGUUGGUGGGAUGACUUCCUAGAGAGCUGCCCAUGGGCUGGGAAAACCCACGUCUUUCCCAGGUUCCAGCACUGACUUUGUACAUAAAGCUUUAGGCGAGUUGCUUGUCCCCUCUGCUUCAAACUGUCUCAACUACAAAGUGCUAAUGUUAUCUCAGUUACCUGAUCUUUGUCACAGGGUGUUUUUUUGUAUGAAUUACAAUUUGAAAACGAUAAAAGCUAAGAUGCCUUUUAACUUCAUAAACAAACCUAGAAUCUUAAUGAUGUAUCGAAAAGUCACCCCACGCACACCAACACAAUUUUUUUCCUGUGAGCACAUAAAUAUAUUUUUAUAGAAAAAACAAAUCUACAGGAAAUGAAAUCGACUGUUCAAUGAGCAGUAUGAUUUGCACAUGCCAUCGAAAAUUACUUGAUCAGAAGAAAAUUAAGCAGGGUCUUUGCUAUACAAAAGUGUUCUUCACUGAUUUUGCAUGUGUGUUUAUAAGAAAAUGUGAAUUUGGUGGGUUUAGUCUAUUGGUAUGAAGGCAUCUGAUAUUUUAGAUGUGCCCAUGUUUAUAAAAAUGUAAAGCACAAUGAAAUUAUGCUGGAGGUCUCAAAUGAUAUUUUUUUCCCUAUUUUAUAUUCAUGGAAGAGAUGAGCUAAUGAGAGACCAAUAAUGAGAAACGCUGGUGUGUUUUUCUAAGCGUUUAAAGCAUAAUUGCCAAUUGAAACCCUAAAUAUGUUUACAUGCCAUUACAAUGUGGUACUUGUACUGACUGAAUCGAUUAUAAAGGGGCUGGGUUUGUAAUGUGUGGUAGCGUCUAGCCUGUUGUUCCCACAGUGAGACGAGUAGUGUGCAGCCAAAGCUUACUCUGUUUUGUAUCUUAAAUUGUUCGAUUAUGUCAUCAAAAGAGAUACAAGGUAUGUAAAACUGGUUUACUUGGUUAUUCUUUUUUUGGCUUAGAUUAAUAUUCAUAGUAGAACUUUAUUAAAAUGUGUCUGUGUUGUAGGUGAUGUUUAUAUGAUGCUUAUGAAUAUGUAUGGUUUAAAAAUAUUUUCACUGCACAUGAAACUCAACUUUCCGAAUAAAAGUUUGACUUCAUGUACUCUAAAAA